GAGGGAAACAAACUUCUGCUAAUCUAUUGGAUUGGAGAAAGAGUUCCAAAUGUUUCCGUUUCUGUUUUUGACUCUUGUUGUAGCCAUCAAGGUAUUCAAGAAAACAACUCCAAAUGGAAAAGUUACGGUUUACCUUGGUAAAAGGGACUUCAUUGAUCAUUUGGAUAGCAUAGAUCCAAUUGAUGGUGUUAUUGUUGUUGAAAAUGAUUAUCUUCAAGGCCGAAAAGUUUAUGGACAGGUAACAACAACUUUCCGUUAUGGACGCGAGGAAGAUGAAGUUAUGGGUGUCAAAUUUAGCAAAGAACUCGUUUUGUGUCGGGAGCAAAUAGUUCCAUUGAAGAAGGAAAAACAAGAUAUGACACCCAUUCAAGAACGCCUUCUCAAACGUCUUGGACCAAAUGCAUAUCCAUUCAUAUUUCAAUUUCCACAAUCCUCUCCUAGUUCUGUUACAUUACAACCUGGCGAUGAUGAUCAAGGAAAACCAUUAGGAGUAGAAUAUACUGUCAGAGUAUAUGUUGGUGAACAUGAAGAAGAUAAGGGUCACAAAAGAUCAUCUGUUGCAUUAGCCAUAAAAAAAUUGCAAUAUGCUCCUCCUACCAGAGGACGUAAAUUGCCUACCUCUUUAGUUUCAAAAGGAUUUACUUUCUCUCAAGGCAAAUUGAAUUUGGAAGUUACACUUGAUAGGGAGAUUUAUUAUCAUGGAGAAAAAGUAGCUGCAAAUGUUAUAGUUACAAAUAAUUCUCGUAAAGCAGUUAAAAAUAUUAAGCUCUUUGUAGUACAACAUUGUGAAGUAACAAUGGUUAAUACUCAGUUCUCUCGACAUGUGGCCAGUUUAGAAACACGUGAAGGUUGUCCAAUCACACCCGGAGCAUCCUUUACAAAACAGUUUUAUCUUGUUCCAUUAGCCAGCAGCAACAAGGAUCGCCGUGGAAUUGCUCUUGAUGGUCAUUUGAAGGAUGAUGAUGUAAAUCUUGCAUCUUCAACUAUGGUCGCAGAAGGUAAAACUCCUAGUGAUGCUAUGGGUAUUGUCAUCUCUUAUUCUGUUCGAGUAAAAUUAAACUGUGGCACUUUGGGAGGUGAAUUAGUUACAGAUGUUCCAUUUAAACUAAUGCAUCCAACACCUGGACUUGUAGAAAAAGAAAAAUCUAUUUUGAAGAAGAAUAAGAGCAUUGAGAGGGCACGUUAUGAGAAUUCUUGCUAUUCAAAUGAUGACGAUGACAAUAUUGUUUUCGAAGACUUCGCUCGUUUGCGCUUAAAUGAGCCAGAGUAAAAAAACUAUUUGCAAGGAGGCAAAUACUUACUUUAAAAGAAUCUUAGAUUAAUAAUUCUUAGUAGUAAAUUUAAAUCAGAAUGCAAUAGAAUUAUAUCGAACUAAUCAUAAAUAAUACAGUGUAUUAUAUAUAUGUAUAUUUAGAAUUUAUCGAUUCUAGGAUUCUUUUGAUGUGAGUUAUAUUUAAGGACUGACAAAAGAAUAAAAGGUACAGAAUUAAGAAAGAUGUAACGAAAAAGGACAAAAAAAAGUGAAAAGUAUAAUAGAAAAAUCAA